AGCAAAGUAGUGAAACCAAUAAAAAAGUGGAACACAACAGUGACUAGUUUGACGCCAAAAUUUAUUUUAUUCACAUUUUUUGCACAUUUGCCAUUAUUAACGUGUAAAAUAUAAUUCUAAUUCAUUAAAGUGCACUGUGCAGUGUUUAAAUAUCAGUUGAAAUAAUGUCGCACUCCUACUCCAACGCGCCGAGUAGUAGUGGCGGCUCUGUGUCAGUACCUGCCACUACCAGUGGUGGUCGGCAUGGUAGUAGCAACAAUCAAAUAAAUACCACCCAUAUCAUAUCAUCUGCAACAUAUAGCAUAUCGGGUGAUGUGGUAGUAACCAGCAGUAGUGCCCCCAACAAUCCCAAAGAAAAGCAAUCAACGAAGGCACAGCGCACGGCUGUUGUACGCAAACCCCCACCCACCAUUGACAACUUCUGGCAGAAUAUUAUGGCAGAUGUGCGAGCGAUACAUCAAGUAGAUGCCAAACAUCAAGCAUUACCAUUGGCACGAAUUAAAAAAAUUAUGAAAUUAGAUGAAAAUGCUAGGAUGAUAGCGGCCGAGGCGCCACUCCUUUUUGCCAAAGCAUGUGAGUACUUCAUACAAGAGCUUACAAUGCGUGCCUGGAUACACACAGAAGAGAGCAAACGACGCACACUUCAACGAUCAGAUAUUGCACAGGCUAUAGCUAAUUACGAUCAAUUUGAUUUUCUGAUUGAUAUUGUGCCGCGUGAAGAUAUAAAACCCAGUACCAGUAGUGGCCAGAAAAAGGACACGCAGCAACAGAGUACUAACGUGAAUACUGUAAAUAAUACAACAGCUACAGCUGGAGCAAAUGCUGUCAUGACUGCAGGCACCGUGACUUUACCCGUUAAGAUGGAAACAGCUGAAGGUGAAGUGUUGACUUUUGGCGCGCUCAAUGCCGAUACCUUAACCGCAGCGACUGCCCAACCACAACAGACACAGCAAGCGCAUACCACUAUGCAUGCGCCCCAACAGUUACAAAUAAUACAGCAACCAUCCGCGACACAACCACAACAGAUGCAAUACUUUAUUGCCACACCGGAGGCUCUAAAUGCAGCACACGGACAAAAUGCGGCGCCACAGCCACAACUGCAGAUCAUACAGCAGCCGGCGCAACCGCAGUAUUUUAUAACUACUCAUCAACCACAACAGCUUAUAUUGACAGCAGGUCCAAAUGGACAAUUCACUGCCACACCUGCACCGGCCAAUCCUGCGCAGCACCAGCAGGCGACAAUUUUACAGAAUUUGGCGCAACAUCAACAGCACCAACAACAACCACAAAUACAGUUGCUGCAGCAGGUGGUAACACCAACAGGCGAAUUGACCAAUGUGCCCAUCGCUAUCAACGCAAAUCAAUUGAAUUUAUUGCGUCUACAAAUGCAACCGCAAGCAACACAGCAGCUACUGCAGCUAAAUACCGCCAAUGCCCCAGUCACUACCGCGCACAAUGUAACCGCUGCUCAAGUGCAAGCUCAACAGCACCACGUUCAACAACAGCCGCAGCAGCAGCAACUUCAUAAUGCAAAUGCUGGUGCUGCAAACAUAUUUAUAAACGCAACACCACACAUUGCUGCGGCACAACAACAACAACAGCAGCAGCAACAACACCAAGUUAAUGUUGCCGGCGCCACAAUUGUGGCUACAGAUCGUACUUUAGGCGGCAACUAUCGUCCGAAUUGCUAGCCACCGGAGCUAAUCUACCAUCCACAAGCAGCACCCACUUUUAACAUUUCUUUCGCCACGAAAGGACACAUAGCGGCACAAUACAAUGGUAGAGAUCACAUUUGAGAAUGGCACAUCAGUCUUUUAAUUUACGUUAGUCUUUAAUAGUUUUAGUAAUUAUACAUUCAUAAUGUAUAAAAUUCAUCAUAAAUUAUAGUUAUGCAUAUACAGUAUA